AUGGUAAUAUCCCUCGUAGCACUUAAGUCUCUAUGCGGUCCAGCUACUGUGGUCACAAGUGGCACGAGAUGUAGUAUCGCCGGCCAAAGCAUAGGAGUGUACAACACUGCGAACCUUGGAAACGUCAUAGCAGCAAAUGCAGUUGCAAAUACAGCAGCAGCGGCCGAUGCAGCCGCAUUAGCUGGGAACAGCAUGGCAUACGCCAACGCAUACCCCGCAUAUGCAAAUGCAUACAGCAACGGAUACGCACCGAGCUGUUACGGGAACGCAUAUGCUAGCCCCGUAGUCAUGGAGGAAGUUCCAGUUGGAAUUGGUAUUCCUGGACUCACUUACGGUUUGACAUUAGCUGACCUCGCUGCGUCGAAUGGUGGGGGCUUACGUGUGAUUAGCUCAUCCCCUAUCGCCCCCACUGGAAUUACAGUUCAGUCUGACAAUAUGGCUGUUGAGGGUCCGUUGGCUGUGUCUGGGCAGCUGCCGUUUCUUGGAGUUGUCGCCUUGGAAGGUCCCCUACCAGCCGCUGGUCAAGGUGCAGUCGCUUAUGGCUGUGGAAACGGCAAUGUGGGUAUCACCAACGAAGGGAUUAACGAUGCAGCGUAUGCGAAUGCCAAUGCUAAUGCUAAUGCAUAUGCGAAUGCUAACGCAUAUGCGAAUGCCAACGCAUAUGCGAAUGCUAACGCAUACGCGAAAGCCAAUGCGUAUGCUAACACGAACGCAUAUGCCAACGGGUAUCCUUACCCGGCUGGAGCGAAUGCGCCAAUUUAUUAG